GGAUGCAGUGACCUAUGAGGAUGUGCAUGUGAACUUCACUCAUGAAGAGUGGGCUUUGCUGGAUCCUUCCCAGAAGAGUCUCUACAAAGAUGUGAUGCUGGAAACCUACUGGAACCUCACUUGUAUAGGGUACAAAUGGGAAGACUGUAAUAUUGAAGAACAUUGUCAGAGCUCUAGAAGAAAUGGAAGGUGUGUCAUCUGUCACUCUGGAUACAAUCCAUGUGAGCAUAAGGGACAUGGAAAGAAGCAUUGUAGUUCUGUCUCUCUCAGAGCAACUGGAAGAUAUGUGGUAGUUCCCACUAUGAGAAGACUUGAUGACUGUGAUACAAGUUUACAAUUAAUUGGUUUUCCAACUUCAGUGGGAAUUUAUCAGCAAACUCAUAUUGGAGAAAAACCUUAUGAGUACCAGGAAUAUGGAAAUCCAUCUCUUUCAAUUGGUUCACUGUGCACGUGUAGUGUGCCUCACAGUAUAAGAAAAUGUUAUGAAUGCAAUCAGUGUGGUCAAACUCUUAGUUCUUCAAGUUCUCUUCAAAGAUGUGAAAAAGUUCAUGUGGGAAGAAAAUAUAAUAAAUGUGAGUCAUCUACUAAAGGCUUUAGCCAUUACAAGCAUCAUCAAACACAUCAAACACCUGAUAAUGAAGAGGCUCUUUAUGAAUGUAAUCAACAUCAUAAAGCCUUUACAUAUGAUUCCUCAUUAAAAGGACACCAAAGAACUCAUUUAGAAGGAAAACCCUAUGAGUCUAAUCAGAGUUAUAAAGUCUUUGCAUGUCACAAUCUUCAUCAAGUACAUAGAAUACAAACUAGACAGAAAAGGUAUGAAUAUCAUCAAUGUGAUAAAGCAUUUGCAUGCCCCACUUAUCUUCAGAUACAUAAUAGAAAUAAUACUGUAGAGAAACCCUAUGAAUGUAAGCAAUGUGGCAAAGCCUUUGCAUAUAACAGUUAUCUUCUCAUUCAUCUAAGAAGUCAUACUUUAGAGAAACCCUAUGAAUGUAAUGAAUGUGGUAAAGCCUUUGCACAGAAGAGAAGUCUUCACAGUCAUGAAAGAUUUCACAGUGGAGAGAAAUUAUGUGGCAAAACCUUUACACGUAACAGUCAUCUUCUCACACAUCUAAGAUGUCACACUGGAGAGAAACCCUAUGGAUGUAAUCAGUGUGGUAAAGCCUUUGCACAGAAAAGUAGUCUUCAUAGUCAUGAAAGAAGUCAUAGUGGAGAGAAACCCUAUGAAUGUAAUCAAUGUGAUAAAGCCUUUGCACGGAAGAAUAAUCUUCUCAGUCAUGAAAGAAUUCAUACUGGAGAGAAACCCUAUAAAUGUAAUGAAUGUGGUAAAGCCUUUGCAGAGAAAUAUAAGCUAUUCAUUCAUGAAAGAAUUCAUACAGGAGAGAGACCCUAUGAAUGUAAUGAAUGUGGGAAAGCUUUUGCAGAGAAGAGUCAUCUUCUUGGUCAUGAAAGAAUUCAUACUGGAGAGAAACCCUAUGAAUGUAAUGAAUGUGGUAAAGCCUUUGCAAGGAAGUGUCAUCUUCUCAGUCAUGAAAGAAUUCAUACCGGAGAGAAACCCUAUGAAUGUAAUGAAUGUGGUAAAGCCUUUGCACAGAAGAGUCAUCUUCUCACUCAUGAAAGAAGUCACAAUGGAGAGAAACCCUAUGAAUGCAAUGAAUGUGGUAAAGCCUUUGCACAGAAGAGGAAUCUUCUCAAUCAUGAAAGAAGUCAUAAUGGAGAGAAACCCUAUGAAUGUAAUGAAUGUGGUAAAGCUUUUACAGGGAAAAGUACUCUUCACAGUCAUAAAAGAAGUCAUAGUGGAGAGAAACCCUAUGAAUGUAAUCAAUGUGGUAAAGCCUUUGCACUGAGGAAGAAUCUUCUCAGUCAUGAAAGAAUUCAUGCUGGAGAGAAACCCUAUGAAUGUAAACAAUGUGGUAAAGCCUUUACACGGAAGAGUCAUCUUGAAAGUCAUGAAAGAAGUCACAAUGGUGAGAAACCUUAUGAAUGUAAUGAAUGUGGUAAAGCCUUUGCACAGAAGAAGUAUCUUCUCAGUCAUGAAAGAAUUCAUACUGGAGAGAAACCUUAUGAAUGUAUUCAAUGUGGUAAAACCUUUACACAAAAGAGUAGUCUUCAUAUUCAUGAAAGAGUUCAUAGUGGAGAGAAACCCUAUGAAUGUAAUCAAUGUGGCAAAGCCUUUACACAGAAGGGUAGUCUUCAUAGUCAUGAAAGAAUUCAUGCUGGACAGAAACCCUAUGAAUGUAGGCAGUGUGGCAAAGCCUUUGCAAUGAAGAAUCAUCAUCAUAAUCAUGAAAGAAUUAAUUCUGGACAGUACCAUAAGGAUGUAAUCAAUGUGGUAGUUUCAGAUGUGAGUGGCCAUGUGGGUGCUGGAAACUGAACUGUGUUUUCUACAAGAGGUACUUGCUGGAGUUCAGCUUUAUAGGUGUUCAGAUCCCAAAGCGAUUGAGUUAUCAGCAAAGGAAGGAGACUGCUGUGAUCUGAGAGUAAAUGAGGAUAGCUGUUGCUUUAUUGAAAAAGGACUAUACCCUUUAUACUCUAUAACUGAACAUUAAACUCAAGCAAAAUUGAAAACAGACUUAAAGAUUCUUUGAUGAAAGCAGCCAUCAACCUCAUCACAGCAAUUUCCCUGAGGCAAAAAGCGAUAAAUUCAGCAAGUAUCAAAAUGCCUUUGUGGAUGUGAGCCCAUUGUUUCCUUUAUCCUUGGGACCAGGUGUAUCCAGUUAGUACAUCUUUAAGUUCUUUAUUCUUGGUGUAAUCAGGAGACACAAUGGGGAUUCUUGUGUGGGAUUAGGCAUAAUUAUCACACUAUGUAAUUCCACGGUGUUGGAGAUUUUUUUCCAAGAAUUUUGUUUAAAGAGACUGCCAUUGUAUACAUCCUCAUCCUCCACUGAACCCACAAAUUAUUUCCCACAGGAAAAAGCAUAAGGAAACUUCAAAACAUGUAGUGAGAAUUAUUAACACUGUAAAUAAAAAGAUG